AUGCCGCCUAUUUUCGAUGGAGUUGGAGCAGAGUAUGGCGCCUAUCAAUCCCGACCACCUCAGCAGUCUCGACACGAUCCGCUGAGGAGCUCAGGGGUAUGUAACCACUCCCAGCCGCGGAGCGAAACAGUCGCUACUCCCUUUGGACGAUAUAGCCAUGGAACAGAGAGUUUCCAAAGCGAUUCUGACUUUCGCGAGAGAACUAUUCGACCUUCAUGGCAUCAUAAUGGCUACGCACCUUCCGCGCAACAAUACCUGUACAACCUGGCAUCGCCAAAUGUUGAGUCGCAGAACAUGGCGUUUACUGCCGAAGGUGUAGUCGAUCCCCAGGUCUAUGGCAGGUUCCGGCCGCGCCCUCAUCCCCCUCUCCUCCACCAGCAGUCUACUGGUUCCAGCUUCACUGGCUCAGAAAAUGGCUCAAAUAUGUACUUGCACCCAGGGCCUGGUGCGGUAGAUCAAUACACGAAUGUAGAGACUUCCGAAGAUCUACUCAACCUGUCUCCUCUGCUAGAACCCAGUUCCUACGAUCUUGAUGAUACUGGAAUGCUAGAUCUUGACUCCAUCAAGCAGAUGGACAAUGGCCAAAGCCAUGCUGCCCCCUGGUCUUUGUUCAAGCGGAGCGAGACACCAGGAAUGCCUCAACACGACGGUGUCCAUUGGACAGAUCACAAUGGAGCUCCAGACAGUUCGGCCUCUGGAUAUGAUCUGGCUAGCACCAAUUCCAGUUAUGUCAUGGUUCCUAGACCCGCAACGUCAUUUCUGCAAUCUGGUAUCCACAGCAAUGGCAUGUAUGACAGCAUAGCGACUGUCCAUCCUGUACAUGGUGCUCCACCUGACCCCCACCUUUACGGCCAAACAAACACCACCCCUGGCGUUUCCAUCCAGCCAGCCACACCACCAAUAGGUCCGUCGCAUAUAGGGCCAUACUUUGACUGCACGGAGAUCCAGGAGGAAUCGUAUACGCCAUCUUGCACAACAGAUGCCUCUUCAGCUACAACAGCACUUGAGCUCCAAUGCAAUGCUGCGGGCUGCACCGCGGUCUUCCGGGGUCUCUACGCGAAAGGCAACUUAGCUCGACACAAGAGACACAACCACAACGGGCCGAGGGUGUACAUUUGCGAAGACGAGGGUUGUGACCGAGUGUUCAGGAGACAAGAUGCCCGACUUAAACACUAUCGGAAAUAUCAUCCAGAUCUUGCAAGCCCGUAUGUCGCCCGAACCGAUCGAGAUCUCGCUUUGAGUAAUAUUGGCGCACAGCUGGAUUGA